AUGCAAUCGUGUUCGAAGGAACAGUAUUGGGAUGGCCUUCUGGGUAAUUGUGUGUCUUGCGAAUACGCUUGCCAACCACUCAAGUCCCAGGGAUGCGCCGAUGUCUGCAGCUCCAUGGAGUGCAGCAAGCAAGAGGGCUCCUACUACGACCAGCUCCUGAGAGAAUGCAUCAAAUGCUUCAGCAUCUGUGGACAGCACCCCAAACAAUGCGCGCCUUUCUGUAGAAGAUACAAGACACACACAGGGACCAUCCCCAGGUCCCGGUCAGUUACGUUCCUCUCCAAAAUGGACAGAUGUAGUCACAAAUGUUCCCAGGAACUUCUAAACUGGGACCAGACUGCUCUCCAGCCUCUGCAGCGCAAAAUGGAUGCUACUUUCGACCAACAGGUUUUUCUCUACGUGGCCUUGGGCUUCUCCUUUUGCAUCCUGCUCCUCUCCUUGCUGUUGACUUGGAUUUACUUUAAAAAAAGGGGGGACAAGAAGUUCUGUCGAGCCAGCUCAGCAUCUUGCCAUAAAAAGGGAGAUCUUCCAAAAGAUGGUCUCAUGGAAGCGGGAAGCUUCGGAAGCGAAUCCGGAGGGAACCAAACUCCGGAUCCCAUUGAAACCUGUGGCUUCUGUUUCCCCGAAGUGAGUGCUGCCAUCCAGGAGACGCGAGCGUGCCCGAGGCCAUACCAGCUAGAGAUGCUGGCGGAAGUUGCUGCUGCUGCUGCUACCCCUGGCAGAACGGUGCCUGCCUCCCCCGAAGACUGCCAUUUCCAAAUUAUAUGUUCCCCCUCCCAAGAAAAGAUGCAGAUGAGCUAA